ACAAAUUCAAAGGUUAAAAAGUUCUUGACGUGACCUGUCAAAAGUACAGAGGAGGGAGAAAGUUAGUGCCUCCGCGGUGACACCUCGAGAAUGAAAAGCAGUUCAUUGAUGUUGGGCUACCCAGACGCACGGGGCGAGUGGGAGGGUCUGCCGUUGUGCCACACCACUUUACGCUCUGAAGCUGUAGCACUGAGGAGGGUAUCAUUACAAGUGUGGAUUACCCAGGUGACUGGACCGAUGAGAUGAUACUGAAACACAACAGGAGUCCUCUUCUCUUCACCCUCACCUGCAUGUACUUCUCAGGAGGUUUGCUUUGGUCCUACCAAGAAGAGGAUGCCAGUAACGGUGGAGAGUGCUCUGAAAAUAAAAUUUCUACAACAAAGUACCCCUGUGUGAAGUCGACUGGGGAAGUUACGACAUGUUACAGAAAGAAAUGUUGCAAGGGCUUCAAGUUUGUGUUGGGCCAGUGCAUUCCUGAAGACUAUGAUGUGUGUGCUGGCGCCCCCUGUGAGCAACAGUGUACUGACCAUUUUGGUCGAGUGGUGUGCACCUGUUACCCAGGCUACCGCUACGACCGUGAGCGCCACAGAAACCGAGAGAAGCCCUACUGUAUGGACAUUGACGAAUGUGCAGACAAAAACACGACCGUAUGCUCUCAGAUCUGCCUCAAUUCUGCGGGGAGCUACAGGUGUGAGUGUGAGAAAGGCUAUUUCCUGGAAGAAGAUGGGAAAACAUGCACCAAGGGGGAGAGAGCAGUGCAUCUCUUCGAGAAGUCUGACAAUGUGAUGAAUACAGGAAGUUGCUCAGCCACGUGUGACGAUUUCCUCCAGAUCAAGAUGUCUGUCCUGCAGCUUAAACAGAAGAUGGCCAUGCUGUCAAACAGUGCUGACGUCCCUGAGCAAAUGACCAGCGAGAAAUAGACGUCGCCCAUAUUUUUACCAGGGCCUCCCGGUCUCCCUGGUCCUCCAGGAGAUCCAGGACCAGAGGGCCCUUCAGGACUUCCAGGACUAUUGGGGCCCCCUGGGCCUUCUGGUCCCAGAGGCUUGAUGGGACCCAUUGGACCCACACCAGACCUGUCCCACAUCAAACGGGGCCCCAGAGGACCCGUGGUCAGUUAAUACAUACCUUUUUUUCACAGUUUUUAUAAAUAA